AUGACAAGAGGUGGGGAUAGUGCCGAGUCAUCGGUGUGCAGCACUGGAGCCGAGCCGGGAUUUGGUGUGCCACCGCCAAAGACUUUUGAGCCUCCGCCAGGGUCCAAAGUAGUUCCUCGGAAGAUCUUCUCGCCUAUUCAUCACUACCUCGCCCGUUCACGGAAGCCGUUUUGGUGUGAUGCUGAAGAACUAGCCACGCCUCCUCGGAUCUACGUGGAUCAGAAGUCCGUUUUCCGUGAGAUCGCUUCGGUCACACAGCUGAGACGUGGCGAUCAUUGCAUGAUUACUUUAAAUGUUUUGCGCUGCUUGAGCCCAAAUAUCGAUUAUUUUGUCAGUUUGAUGGGAUCCUUGGAACUGUUUCAUUUAUAUCAUCACUUUGUCAUUUUGGACGAUGUGAGCCACGUGGAUGAGUUUGGCGUUCCCCGCACAAAGCAGGACAAAAUCGUGCAUAUCAUGGAGUAUUCCAACACAGUGGAAGGCUUUGUAGAGGAGUUGCGUGUAAAGAGCUUUGGUGCAUGGCACAGUUUUCCAAAGAUUCUCUUCGACUGCACUCUAAAGAAGGCUCGAUGUGAUCGGGUUCCACUUGCCGACUAUGGUGACAUGCCUCAUAUUUUCCGAAUGGAGGAGCGGCUCACAGAGCAGCAGAGAGAACGCAUUGUACAUGACGCUGAAAAGUUGAUCGAAAAUCCUCGGGCCUACAACGUUCUUUGUGCCAACUGUGAGCAUACCACGAACUUGGUCUCUGGAAAACAGCAGUUUACGUCGCCAGAAGUUCACUUUUUCAUUUGGAGCAUCUGCCGAUAUCUUCUCACGAUCAUUGGGCUUGCAACACUUCAUGUUGUGACAAUGCAAUGCUACAGCCGGUAUUGCUUGCAAUAUCCGUUAUGGGCUUUGGCUGCGUAUUAUCUUUGUACAGCUUUGCCAGUCCUUGCCCAGAUCAUUGUGCAAUAUGGUCGCCUCGCGAACACGGUCUACCACGGGUGGCGAAAAAGUUUGAUCUCCAGAAAUGAUGUCUACCACCUCUUGGUCAAGGAGCUUUGCCGAGCCAUUUUCAACGGAGCGCUUGCUUUCGGGUUUCUUUUGUGGGCUCCCGACAUGUUGCAAUUUGCGAACCAAAGGUAUCCUGUGCGCAUCUCCAUCGCCAUUGUGUUUGCUUACUUUGCCAGCGACGCGCUCUUCGCACUCUUAGCGCAGGUCGUGACACGGAUCCUGCUUCACAAGUUUGGCAGGUUUUGGCUCAUUGGUGGAAGUGACCACACGUGGGAAGAGGAGCAACGACUUGCCGAUGCGACGCCGAAAGAGAAGGAUGAGUAG